UGGAUUCGCGAAUGGACAUCGACGAGGAAACGAUGAUGGAGAGGCAAACUACGGUAAUGGAAAGCGUUUGCAUAACUCCGAACGAAUACUACGGCCUCGUAACGGCUGUAGCCGUGCUCGUGGUGCUCUUAGCCUCGGUGGUUUUAUUGUCCAUGCUGAUUUAUAGGAAAUACGCUUACGCGGUCGUGACGAAAAACCGUAGAGUCGAUAAAGCGUGCAACCGUAGCAGCCAUUCGGACGACGCUUACAGCAGUCGCGUUAACAAUUUUUCCUUUCUAAGAACGGGCCUCCAGAAACCGUUUCAAUCCACAUCGAUUUCUCGAUCGGUGAGCAACGUGAUCGGACAACGCGUGACCUCGUCUCCGACCGCCCUCGAGGGUGCCGUAGGUUUGUCGUCCAGGAGAACCGGGUUCGACCCCAGCGAACCGAUCUACACCGACCCGUCCCUGUUCGAAGUCGCUCGCUGCUCUUCGCCGAAACGCGAUGAUAAUUUUCAUCUCAUGUAAGGAUCAAUUUUACGUUCGAUGAUCGAAUCGAUGCACAGAUAUAGAAAAGAAAAUUGCAAUAUUAGCUAGAAUAAAAUUGACGUAUAUAGUUCAAAAUGAUGUAACUUAAUUGGUGUCGAUUCGAUCGAUUCGAAACGAAUUAUUAUUUAUGUACGUACUGUUAUAAUCAGAAUGAAAUAGAAAUACCGAUAGUUUUUUGUAUAUUCCACAUAAAGCAUUAUAUUCAUGUACGAAAAUUCACUAUUCAAAUUUUCAUUGCACAGUCUAUUUCAAUAGAUAUCGAUCUCAUUUCGAUGCUUGUGAUCUGUCAUUUAGUUUCUCCUUAUUAUUUUACUUCACUAGUCAAAUUGACCUACUUAUUGCCAGCUACGACUGCCAUGUCCAUAAAUAAUACCGAAGCUUCCUUUUUUUUUUUUAUUUCUCAUAACUACGUCUCUGUUUAAGAAAUUCUUUUGAAUUAUACAUUUAAUUUUAAGUUGCAUCGUUUAUAUAAAACGUCAUACAUAGGGAGAAAUUACCUGUUUAAAAAAUGAUAUCAGCAUAUCUUAAGUGACUAGCGUAUGAGUUUUUAUUUAUUACGAUUUCAACUGUAGUUAAAAAUGAAUUGCUAUGACAAUAAACAGAUACAACAGA